AUGCCUGGAAUCUUAGAACGUUUAAAAGGCGCUUUCAAUCGAGUCUUCAAUUCCAUUUUUGGACAUGUUAAACUUCAAACGUUUUACCACGUAGAAGAAAUAUUUCAUCAUCCAAAAUAUGAGCCUGGAAAUUUGGAGUAUGAUAUUGCUUUAUUUAAACUCAAAGAAACUCCAAUUUUGUGGAAAAUCAAUCAUUUAGAUUUAAUAGAAUUGCCGGAUAAAAAAAUUGACGAGGAAUGGCCUAAACCUAAUCAGAAAUGUGUAGCUGUUGGUUGGGGAUGUAGUUUUGUCGACGGACCGCCAACACUAAAAAUCCAAGCUGUAGAACUUCCAGUUUUACAAUCAAAAACAUGCAUGUCAAUGUAUUCAGCCUACAUUAAUUUAACGGAAGAACAUGAAUUCUGUGCAGGUUACCACAAUUUCGGUAAAGGUGUAUGCCCAGUAAGUUGAAUGGAUUGGAAAAUCUAUUCUAGCUAUUCAAUAACAAAUGUUAAAGAUGUGAAUGUCAUUAAUUUCUAGUGAAAUAGUUUCAGCCAACAUUUUAGUCACUGUCUAUAAAGUAACGUGAACAAAUUCUGAAUCUCACACUUCACAGUAUUAUUUAUGCUGUUUGGUCAUAUUAUUUUUCCUGUCUUAUGUAGCCUAGUUAGGUGUGAUUUUAUUUGUAUGCGUUUGGUAUGGCUGAUUUUAUAUGGACAAUACAACACUAUAUCAGCCAAUAAUAGUUUAAGCGAUCAAUGUUCAAAAUAUGUAAACUGUGACUAUUUGAGAAAUUUUGGGUGGAAUGUUUAACUGAUUGGUUAAAAAACACCGAUCUAGACCUAGGUAACUACUAAUGAUACUUUUUGAAUCAUUUAAGUAUCAGUUAUUUCUAGUUAAUCGUAUUUUUAUUUAGCAAGUUGAAAUACCGACGUAUCAACACAAAUUUUGAGUACAAUGGUCUAAUAAUUCAAUGAACAUACCACAACAAGAACCGAUGGUAAUUCAG